AUGAGCGGCGAUACUAUCAGAGACUUGCAUGUGGCCAUCGUCGGCGCCGGCAUUGGGGGACUCGCCCUGGCCAUGGGCCUGGAAAAGAGAGGAGUGCCUUAUACGAUCUAUGAAGCAGCCCAAGAGUUUUCCGCUGUAGGACUCAGCGCGGGCAUCGGCUUCGGCCCGAAUGGCGAUCUGGCAUUGGACAUGCUGCAAGAAGGGUUCCGCGAAAAGUACGAUAAGGUCUGCGUGGGCAAUAUGCCUGGUGAGCCUCAAGAUAUCUACUAUGAAGGCAUGCUUUUGGAGCCGGGUCUUGGUCUUAACGAAUCAUGGCGCGGCAAGACAGCCUGGGGCCACCCAGACUACGUUCGCAGAGGUGUCCGUCACUCCCCGUCUACGUUCAAGUCAUUCAACUACGUGAACAGCACUGACAUUAACCAGGCCCAUCGUCACGCGGUCCUUGAAAUCAUGACCACCUUCAUCUCGGCCGAGAAGGUCCGUUUCAGCAAAACCUUGAUGGAGAUUCAGCAGCGGUCGGACAAAGUCAUCUUGAAAUUUGCAGAUGGCGACGUUGCUGAGGCCAGUAUCCUAGUCGGCGCCGAUGGGAUCAAGAGUACCGUGAGGGAGCACGUCUUGAGACCGUUGUAUCCUAGCCAGGUCGAGCCGGUCUAUGCCAACUCUUAUUGCUACCGAGGCGUAAUCACAACGUCGGAAGCCAAAGAAAUCUUUGGGGAUCUCACCGACGUGGCGAAGAUGUAUGUGGGCGAAAGGCUCUGUUGCGUCACGUAUCUGAUUUCUAAGGGCGAUGAAUUCAAUUUCCUCCUCUGUGCCCUGGAUGAUAAGCCCUGGGAGCUCAAGAACGCGGUUUCACAGCAGAUCACCCAGGAGGUCAUGCUGGCUGACUUCGAAGGCCCCGGUGUAGACGAGCGAUUCCGACGCUUGUUGAAGAAGGCUAGACCGGUGAAGUGGGGAUUCUUCUAUCAUCGCCACACGUCGACAUAUUAUCGUGAUCGCGUCGUGCUUCUGGGCGACAGCGCCCAUGCGUCUCUGCCAUUCCAAGCCGCAGGUGCGGGUCAGGGCUUGGAGGAUUCUUUGAUACUCUGCAACCUUCUGGCGACCAUAUACCACGAUCGUGACCAAGUUGCAGCACUGGCACCAUAUAUUCGCGCUGGCUUUGCCGCGUAUGAUGCUAUUCGACGACCGAGGGCUCAGAGACAAUUAGAGAGGGCACAUGAAAUGAGCGACAUGCUUCACUACCGGCACCCGGAAACAGGCAAACGGAUUGAGAGCAUCGCAUCGAAACUGCAGAAGAACUGGUUUGAAUGGAUCUGGUUCCAUGAUUUGAAGGCAGACAUUGACGCCGCCUGUAAGAAAAUGGACGCGGCAUUGAACAAGUGA